UUCACUUACACACACUGUGAGGUUCACACACACAGAGUUUAACUGUCAGAGAGCUGCUGAUGAAGAUGAAGGAGCUGCUCCUCUUCCUCUCCUGUGUCCUCUGUGUCUCUGCUGACGGUCAACAUGAGGACAUUAAUAUCAUUGGCUGUUCAGCCUCUGAUGGGGAGGACAUGUCAGGACUGGAUGGUGAAGAACUUGCCUACGCAGACUUCACCAAACAGACGUAUAUCUACCCUCAGCCUCCUUUUAUUGAUCCUAUCAGGUAUGGGGAAGGAGUUUAUGAAAAUGCUCUGGCUGGGCAACAGAACUGCAAACAGAACCUACAGACCUGUAAUACAGCGAUGAAGGGCUUCCCUCUAGAACACGAUGCUCCUUCAGGUGUGAUGAUCUACACCAGAGAUGAGGUGGAGUUUGGAGUCCUGAACACUCUGAUCUGUCACGUGACUGGUUUCUAUCCUGCUCCUGUCAACAUCUCCUGGACCAAGAACGGACAGAAGGUCACUGAAGAAUCCAAAAUCAACGUUCCCUAUCCCAAUAAGGAUUGGACCUUCACCCAGAUCUCCAGACUGGACUUCACCCCACAGCUGGGAGACGUGUACAGCUGUGCAGUGGAACAUGUGACCCUGACAAAACCAGUGACCAAGAUCUAUGAUGUGCAGGCGUCUGGUCAGUCUGAUCCAGGUGUUGGACCCUCUGUGUUCUGUGGAGUGGGUCUAACUGUGGGUCUGUUUGGUGUGGCCGCUGGGACCUUCUUCCUCAUCAAAGGAAACGAGUGCAGCUGAUUGGCUCACAGUGAUGAUGUCAUUAUAGUUAUAUCAUGAGCUCCUAAUCAGUGUGGCUGUCCUGAAGUGGUUACUGUUUGCUGUGUCUGAGUGUGCUGAGAGUUCACCUGUUAAUGAACAUCAGGCUGCUUCCUCUGUUUUGCCUGCUUCCUGUUUACCUGGAUCAUCUGACCUGCUUUAAUGUCUCAGUUUCAGUUUGAAAUUCAAACUAAAAGCAAACAACAAGAAUGAAAUGAGUUUUUAUUGACUUCAGACCCAGGUGAUCUCAGUUUGUAAAUAAACCAGCUGACCACAGUAAAUCCUGAUGUGUUUCAGAUUUUCAUAUAUCAAUAAACAACCUCUCACUAAUAAAACCACAAA